CCAGAAGAAGAGCUCUUCCCCUCCUCCCCGUUCAUCACCACAGGCUGGUAUCUGGUAACAUUGGCGGAAUAACACCAGGAGAGCGUCUUUUUCUGCGUGUUUUUAAAGCUGCCUUUUGCUGAGGUGAAGUUUAAAGGCAGGCAAAAUGUCGUCUUGGGUGAAAUCACCUGCGGGUGGUCGGCGGCCAUCCGGUAACCCGAACGGAAGUGCUCCACAGCCGCGUGUGUUUCGGAGGGCAGCUCCAUACCCAACCAGAGAGGAGAGGACCGAAGAGCUCAAGGAUGCCCUGGACAGUUAUGAAGAGCUAGAGCAAAUCCAAAACUACAGUGGAAGUGUGAAGUAUGAGGGCUACAAGCAUCAGCCAAAUGCCAAACCAGAGGGUGGCACUCCAGCAGACAGACGUAAAACGCUGUAUCAGAAGUUCUACAGACAGGUGCAGGAGGAGAGGAAGCCAGCCGACUGCGUGGUUCUCUCUGUUACCAAACAGUGCCUGGAUUACCCCAAAUCGCUAAGCCAGUGCUUGCAGGAGCGUGGCCUGUCAGUGGAAAUGCUCUACCUUCAAGCGGAAUCGGGCCUGACCCGGGCCCUGCAGGAUGUCCGAGCAGAAGGCUCCCCCUUAUGUAUUCUGGUGGAGCAGACAAACGUAGCUCUGUCCUCCUGCACUGUUAUCAUAUUCUCAGAAUCCCUCAAAAUCCAUCGAAACAUGCCCAAAGACCAGGCCAUGGACUUUGUUCAAGCAGAGUAUAACCGUGGACUGGCUAAAGAGCGACCCCCGAGGGACCCUGCAGACAUUGCAGCCGAGGCGUCGCAGCUGCUCGAUGACUUUCUUGAGCGAGAAAAGAUCGCGCGCCACACCGUUCCCUCUGAAACACGUCAGCUCCUCGUACUGUUAGCCGAGGGUGUCCAUCUGUACCCCGAGGAGUUGGAAACCAUCUCGGAGUACGUGCGCUCUCGGCAGGACCACGUACAAGCUUCCAACAGUGAGGGUGAGAAAGGGAUCAUGUUACCUCCAGGGUUAGGGAAACCACCUCCUCUGCUUCCGACGCCAUCUGGGCCACCACAGCCUCAGCCUGCAUCUUUAACAGGGGGGCCCAUGGGAGACCACGCCUCACCUUCACCUGUACCCCUCUUGCCUUCACCAGUCGCUCAUCCCAAAACCAAACCUCCUCCGCUGCUCUCCUUGCAUCGUCUUCCUGGUCCGUCGUUAGGGGGCCCAAUAGUCCGAGGUCCCCUGUCGUCACACAUCCCUUACGGCGGUCCCGGUGUGCCUCGUGGGCCCCUGCUCCACCCUCCUCCUGUGUUCCACCCAGGCCCCAGAGGUCCCACUAGAGGAGCCCCUCCCACUCUAAAGAGCGCUCGCCCUCCACUUCUGUCGUCUCCAGGUGCUCCUCUUCUUCGUCAGAGUGUCCCCCGGCAUUAGGAAAUGAGACAGCAGGACAACGACCCCAAACACACAGCCAAAGUCAUGAAGAGCUAUCUUCAGCGUAAAGACGAACAAGAAGUCCUGGAAGUGAUGGUACGGCCGCCACAGAGCCCUGAUCUCAACAUCAUCGAGUGUGUCUGGGAUCAGAGACGAGACAGAAGGAUGUGAGGACGCCGACAUCCACAGGAGAUCUGUGCUUGGUUCUCCGAGAUGUUUGGAACGGCCUACCAAGAUUCUUUAUUUGUCACGUACAUAGUUAUAAAAGUACAACACGCAGUGAAAUGUGACCUGACACGCUGCUGGACUGUGCAAAAAGAGAGAGAACAUUAUAUUCAGUGAGUGAGUGAGUUACAUACACUAUAUAAAUAACAUAAAACAAUCUGGAAAUUUACAGUUCAAGAUCUGAGACUGUGCAUUGUGUGAGUGGGUUGUUAAAGUGUGCUGCAGUGAAGCCAGAAGGCUCAGCCGUGAUAUGAGAACGUGGUGACAAUGACAGGAGAGCAGCUCCUCUUCAGCCUCUGUUCUUGCUCCGAUGGUGUUGAACCUUCUGCCUGAUUGCAGAAGUUGGGACAGUUUAUUGCCGGGAUGGGACGGAUCCUUCAGUAUGUGAGCUGCUCUGGACCAGCAUCUCCUGGUGUAAAUGUCCUGCAGCAGCGUUCUGCUGUAUGAACUCUGAAGAGCUUUUUGGUCCUUACCAGCCGAGUUCCUUCAAAAACUGUGUGCCAGUGUACCUAGAAGAAGGCAAAGGCUGCUCACACCAAAUAUGGAUGUGAUUUAGAUUUCUCUUUCUUUCAUUCUCUGCAUUUUGUUGAUUGAUGAAAAUAAACAACACUUUUGUUUUUGAA